AUGAGGAGACAGUUGGAGCGAGAAAUGAGAGGCCUAUGGGUUGGGCCGAUGCCUGUUCAAGAAUUUAUGGAUGAUUUUUUACCCUUGAGCGACAUCAACCCAAUGCCUAAAGUGCCAGAAGACCUCAUUCAAAGCUUGCCAUCGACGGGAGACAAGACGAUGCCGACCAAACUGAUCGUACAACGCGCAGGACUGUUCCCUGGUCUGAAGCUCGUUGACACAUCGAAUCACCACGACAACAACGCAGACGACCACAAGAAAAUCAGGCCUGACAUGUCUGCGUAUCUCAGCAAGGUCGCCACCGCCAAGAACGUUAUUCGAUUCGAGGCGGAAGAAUUAAUGUUUGAGCUCAAGCCUCCUUCAGCACCGGCGCAUCCAUUCAAAGACCCCAAACCUACCGCGACUACAGAGCAGUUGACAGAACACUCGUUCGAGACGAAUACGGACGCCGGAAUCUUGUGUCGAGGGCAGAUCGCGUCAUAUUUCACAGAGUGGUUCAGUCGCCAGCAUCGCACGCACGGGUUUUUGGUCUACGUUGCGAACGACGGGAUGCGGUUUAUCAGAGCCGACCGCUCUGGGGCGAUCGUUUCUCGGUCAUUUGACUGGCGACAGGAACCACAAACUUUCGCAGAAUUUCUCUGGCGAUUCGCUCACCUCACACCUGAGCAACGUGGACGUGACACAACCGUGCGUCCUGCCACACCACGCGAAAAAGGUCUCGCUCAUCUCAACCUACGACCUUGGGAGCCCAAGAAGGAACGGCCCAUCAUCGUUCUUCAAGUACCUGAAGACCAAGGUGGAUUCCGUGAGGUCAUUGCUUGGGGAGCGAUGGCCGACGCGGAUUCGCUGACUGGUAGAGCAACGCGUGCUUGGCCGGUAUACGACCUCAAGCUCGAGAAGGUCGUCUUUCUGAAGGAUUCUUGGCGCUCCCUUGUGGUGGGAAUGGAGAAAGAAUCAGAGAUUCUAUCGGAUCUCAAUAAGGCAGGCGUGCGCAACGUUCCGAAGCUCAUCUGCGGCGACGACAUUGACGGUCACCUCACACUCACCCAAAAAUUCAUUUCCAAGCCUUGGAACGCUGGCGGGACGGGGAUCACCUCUCGCGCUCAACAUCGCUUUCUCGAAGAUUUUGUUGGCAAACAUCUAUGCCACUUUACCUCAUCGAAACAACUGAUGCAAGCUGUUUAUGAUGCGUUUAUCGCUCAUCAAGACGCAUAUGAAAAGUGCGGAAUACUUCAUCGCGACGUGAGCGGAAACAAUGUUAUGAUGAAGGAUGACGGAAGAGGAAUCCUUAAUGACUGGGAUCAAGCCAGAAGAGUUGCCGAUAUGGCCAGUGGUCCUCGACAGCUGUUCCGUUCGGGAACUUGGCAUUUUAUGUCAGUUUUGCUUCUCGAAAAUCCGGAUAAACUACAAGACCUUCAAGACGAUAUUGAAUCCUUCGUCUACGUUGUUUUGUUUCACGUCCUUCGAUAUGUGAAUCAUACCCAAGUGCAUAAGAUCCAUUCCAUCAUGGAGGAGAUAUUCGACGACUGCAAAUUAGAUGAUCAUGGCAACUUUACAGGGGGGCGCGGAAAGAGGUCUUUACUCUUCGAUUCAGGGGAACUUGGUCCCGAUUUUGCUGUCGUCGACAACACGCCCUUGCAACAAUGGCUCCUGUUCGCAUUCGAAGCCGCAGCAGAUUGGCUGUCGUACGCGACUCUUCGGACACGUAAGUACCUUCGGGCUCGAGGGUUGCGGCGGACCAUUAUGAGGCAACUGUACGAAGGCAGUUCGGAUUCGGGGGUGGAUCAACCUCAGCCCGAUACUGCUGAUCCCUCCGACGCUACCGUACAUCUCAUUUUUCAUGACCAUCGCAGGCUAGGGGCUAUAUGGCAAUCCAUCCUUGACAAAGGCAACUGGCCUCAAGACGAUGGACCUGUUGAUAACCUCUCAAAGUCGUCGCUUCUGAAACGUACACGCAACGACGACCCCUUCAACCUUGACGUUGGAUCUCCUCUCAAGAAACACCGGACAACUUUGUCCACCCCCUACGCGACUUCGGCACCAGCCCACGCACCACUGCGAAAUUUCGUAGGUGGGGCGACUGUUCCAGCGCCACCCAUACCUCCACGGUCCUCAAUUCGGCUAAGUCGAAAAGCAGCUAGAAAAUCUGGGUUAUCUCUUGGAGGUGGUUGUUGA